UGCGCCACGCUCCUUCCCUAGUUCAGGUUGAUCUCGCGGCACGCGCAAUCGUGUAUCCCUUAGGAGCGCUUCCCGUCAGCUUGGCACCUCUUUCAACGAUCCUUCCUCUCGGAUGUGGUACCGGCGUCUGUCCUGAAGGUGGUUGCAUCUCGAACCUCCUUGUUGGCGGUCUCCGAGGAAUCUGACAACCACCCCGAUUCUCGUCAACUUCGAAGAUGCAGUCACGCUGUUCUCCAUUCACGAAGCUCAGACGGACAUACGGAUAGAAUGCUGGGUCGCCGCCUCGCGGACGGUCCAGCGCUUGAUGAUAAUCGACAGCACCUGUCAUUGUCCAAGGGACAAAGAGGAUGGCGCCACAUGUCGCUCAUCUUCACGGUUCGAUCACGCGAAAACAUCUUCAGGAUCGAGAGCGCAAUGAUCUGCCGCCAGGGUACAACGACAACACCGUGUACACGUUGGAAGCCCUCUCACUAUCUCUGGCGACCGUCAGCGUAUUUGCUGCUCUCGUCGCCUUCUACUGGUUUGUGAGGAUGAGGAGGGGCUUCCGACAAGACUUGAUUAUGCUCCUCAUUCAAAGCGACAUGAUGAAGGCUUUCUGGCUCAUGUGCUGCCCGAUGGUAUAUUUUGCUCGGGGUCAGGUUGAUUCCAGCGACACGUUCUGUCAAGUCAGCGCCUUCUUCUUGACAGCGUCGAUUGAGGCAUCGGACAUAGCUGUGCUCAUGAUUGCGAUCCAUUCGGGUCUUUACAUUUUCCGGCCGCAACGAUCCGGAGGGGAGACGGGGCUCUACCCAUAUCGACGUUAUGCGUAUGCCAUCUGGUUCAUCCUUCCUCUGAUACUGGCUGCCAUCGUCCCCAUCUCCGGCGCACACUUUGCUGACACCGGAACGCACUGUUAUUUGCCGAUACGCCCGCUAUGGUACCGAACAGCACUGAGCUGGAUCCCGCGGUAUAUUGUAUUCGUCGUCAUUCUCAUCACAUACGCAUGGGUCUACUUGUAUCUUGGCUUUCGCUUCCGCCGCCUCCGACUGGAUCAGCGACGUGCCAGCUUCCAGAGUGGCCACUCCAUUCACAAGUCGCGGCCGCCACGGCGGCACAGCAGCCAUGUCCUGCCUCCAACCCCGACUAUAGUGCAUCACGGCCUUCUGGAUCUCUCGCCACGCCCGGUAUUGAUUGGCCACGCUGAUAGACGAGACAGGACGUCGUCUGUUGCCUCCACUGUUAGCACUCUCAAACUUGACGAAGGUAGUGUCCUUGCACCAGGUCGACCCGACAGGUGUCAUGAGAGUUCCGUGCCGUGGAAUUGGCUGGACCUGAAUUAUGAUGGCGCCGUUGAAACGACAUCACGACGAGAUAUGGUACCGGACGAGCCAUCCUCUCCAAUGACUGUAUCAUUCGCAUUAGCCGCCUCUACCACACCAGCAGAAUCGCCCAAGGAUUCUAUUUUAACCGCGCCCGCAACGGCGCAUUCGACCCCCUUCCAACGUCCCGUCGGCGCUGAGUCGGCCGAAACCUCUACCUCAAACCGGGGGCUCUCAUCGCUCCUCACAGCCCUCCGCCAGGGACCGUCGCAAAGUAAUUUAACAAACGCGACGACGAACACUCUCCCAUCUGUGUACCUGUCGCAAUCGGCUACCGAUGAUGUGCUUCAAAAGUCCCGCGGCAAGAUGCGCCGGCAGCUGCGGCUCCUCUUUGUGUACCCGCUCAUGUACAUCAUCACCUGGCUCGCACCCUUCGCAUCACACGUCCUUAGGUACGACGACAACGCCAUUGAAGAACCGCAACCAUUUGCGCUACUAGUCGCGAGCGUUGCGAGUUUAUGUAUCGGUGCUGCUGUCGACUGCUGCUUCUUCUGUGCCUGGGAGAAGCCGUGGCGGAAUCUGCGUGGCGGAUUCUGGGAAGGACUUACCAUGCGGUUACGCAUUGGGUCGUAUCGCGGCAGAAGGAAGCACAUGGGGCGCAGUAAAGAGGAGGAAUUUCGCGAAGCGAGGUAUGCUCUAGACCGACGGAAUCAAGAGAUCGCCGAGUUGCAGGCAGCGAUGGCGCAAACGAGACCCUCACGACAGCCCAUGGAAUGGUGGGACAUUGUCGAUGUGGCUACUGAAGACGAUCAAUCAGAGAGGACUGAGGAAUCGUCGUGACCAUCAGGACGUGGUCGGAUCACGAAGGCACAGGCGUACAAAUACUCUUAACGUAUAUAUGGAGGAGGCGAAUGAUACCAGCUUAUAUAUAUGCAUUAGUAGCGUUGGAGAGUUAAUAUGUUCCCGGGGGCAUUGGACCGGGCGGGCAACAUUGGGCGGCGUUUGGCAUACAUAGGAGUCUUGGAUUUGGGAGACUACCAGAGUACGUUUGCAUAUUAGGAUAUGGGCAUCUUGGCCAUUUGUCCAACAACUGAAAUCAUCA